CAUGUGGAAAUAGCCGAGCAGAACCUUCGUGUUCUCCUCAACCAUCGUUUAUCUGUCGCGCAAACCUCGACCGCACUUUACAUUUGUCUCCUCCAUUUCUGCGCCAUCCUUGACGAUGAGCAAAAAGGGCAAUAAAACGCAGCAACCAGAGACUAGCUAUGCAGAACGUGAUAUCGUGCUAGCCAAAGUACGCGGCUUUCCGCCGUGGCCAGGCAUGGUAUUGAACCCUGACACGGUCCCCUCCGCUGUGUCCAAGGAGCGCCCAGCAGGCAAAAAAACUACGUUCCACUGUGUCAGGUUCUUCCCUGCAGGCGACUAUGCUUGGCUUGUGUCCAAAGACAUAUCCAAAUUGAAGCAACAUGAGAUCGAAGCAUACAUCAACGAACCCCACAAGAAAUCUGGCGACCUUCUAACAGGCUAUCGGAUUGCACUGGACCCCUCGAAAUGGGAAAAGGAACGUGAAAAUGCAGACCUGGCAGCGGUAGAGCAGGAGGAUAAUGCUCCAGUUGAUCAGCUUGACAGUGACAAUGAGGAAGAUGGGGCAAAAAAACCGGCCAAACCCAAGAAGCGAAAGCGAGAUUCUGAGGCGCCUCCUCCCAAGCCUAAGGCCAAACCCAAGGCCAAAGGCGAGAAAAAGGCUCCCUCAUCUAGAGGGAAGAAGAAUGGCACCAAAUCGAAAGAAAUGGUUGAGUCAGAGGACGAUGGCGAGCCAGAAGCCGAGGCUGAAGAGGAUGAGGAGGCAGGAUCGAGUGCUAAGGCGGCGCCUCCCCCAUCUAAGAAGCCCAAGCGGGAAAAGGAGGAUGAUGUCGAUCCUGCCUUGGAAGGGGAUAACGAAGCUAAGAAAGUCCGAGAAUGGAGACAUAAAUUGCAGAAGGCGCUUCUGGGGAGCAAAGGGUUACCUGCUGCUGAAGACAUGCCUGCUCUUGAUCAACUUUUUUCAACUAUUGAGAACUACGACCAUCCCAAUCUCAUACAAUACCUUUCAUUUUCCAAAAUCGGUAAGGUCAUGCGUCACAUUGCUGCUUUAUCCACGGAUAAGGUUCCCCGCGACGACGAAUUCAAGUUCCGGGUACGAGCGAAGUCUAUGGUCGACAAAUGGCACGCUAUUCUUGGCGCUAGCAAGGGAAAUGAGAAUGUGGUUGAAGGCGCUGUCAACGGUGCACCGGCAGAUGCUAAUGCUGCAGAAAAGAAAGCCGAUAUUACGCAGACGUCUCCGGUGGAGAACGGCCCUUCCGCGGCGGACACAUCGUUGGGUGAUGUUACGAUGACAGAAGCAUGAAACACUCAUAGGCCUCCUCGAUGCAUUCAAGCGUUGUCCUUGUCCUUUCAUAUUUUCUUUCGAACGUGGCUUGUCCCCUCACGAUCGAGGCUACGACGUCAACUGUAUCACUCGCACGCUCAUCGUUGAAGCUAUUUUACAUUUUCACUUGACACAUUAUUUCUUCGUGACAACAUAUGCGGUACAUAUGUUCCAAUGCUAUGCUACGUCGUCCUUAUGCUCUAUGUCGCGGGUUUAGUUCGAACGUACGUGGCGUGAGCUGAUUUUGUGCAGUAAACCGCGAUGGAGCAUCUGCUGAACUUCCACGAUUAUCUACAUGUCAAUGCAAUAGCAGGG